AUGUCCUGGAAGCUUGCGGAGUUGCGAUGGCGUCAGGAAGCUGGAUUGAAGGAUCAUUAUGAUAUCGAGACUCUCAACAGGACAAGGGUAGAUCUGCCUGAUGUCUGGUCUUCGAGGUACAGGGAUCGCUUGCAGUCAGUGACUGGAAAUGAUUUCACGGCUGCCAAAGUUUGGUCAUCGCUUUCUUGGGACCGUCCUCGCAAUGCACAUCUUGAUCAAGAUCCUUCUUCGGCGAUGUUCCAAGGUUUGAGUGGGCAAGUAGGACCGGAUCUUGAUACAUCGGAAUAUCACAGCCCGCAUCUUUCGGCCUCUUCUACGACACCACUACUCCUCAAUGUCCCAAGAACGAGAUCAACCUUCAGUUUCAGUGCUGUCGGAGUGUCGCAUUUGAAUGAUCCAGACGCCAAGCUCGCCAUAUUUCCUCAUCGCGAGGAACCUUGCACUCAAGUUUCUCAUUCUUCGCCUUCUUUGUCAACUAAGUCAUCCAUAACUCGAGGUAUUGCGUUUGGGGCUUAUAUCGGCAAUAGCACACCACAUAGGCAAGGAAGCCCAGCUACUACUUCUACAAAGUGCCUCAUCAAGCCAAAGAAUACUUUAAUUGACUCUCCGCAAUCAAAAUCUGAUGCCGUGGAUCAGAUUUGUCUCAUAUCAAAAUCUCAAUCCGAUGGUUUCGUGCAGGCCGAAGUCAAUCCGGAACAUGUCUUUCGACAGCGAAGCAAUGAAGAACGGAAGGGACAAUUAUCCCCCGAUAAUGGGCACCCGUCGAUGGACAAGCAAUACCCGACUGAUUCACCACCCGGACCCCAGUUUAAGGUAUUAUCAGCGCAAGGGGUUCUUCACGAGGCUGAGUAUCAUCAGGAAUCAACUGCCGUAUUCGAAACCUCUGAAAUUUCCGAAGAAAUGACUCAGGGUCAACGAGAAUCAAUUACUCUAGACGAGAUUGUCUCCCAAUACGUUGAUCGAAGCCCGCCGAGAACCUCGCCCCAUCAUCGCAUCAGCUACCAUCAAGCUCUCAGGGAUAUCGAAGAUCGAACCCAUAAUCAGACAUGGGGCUGUCAUCAUCAUGGACAGACAAGUACACUUGAAUUCCGCUGCCAUGAAAGCUGGCAGAGAUCCCAGUCAGUAUUACCAACAGAUCUGUCCGCCGACCCUGUCUCCCCUGUGAUCACACCCAGAACUCUACACAACACUCCGAUCAAUCAUCUCGGUCAAGAAAUUGAACCCGAGGACAAUAAUGAUGAAUGGCAAGGUACACCGCACAGUAGUCGAUGCGGGUUCUUGACACCCUCGAAGAUGCGCUUUCGCCUUACGAAACAGGACACAACGGAAGCGGGACAUUCAAGCGGUGCAAUUGGGAGAAGUCCUGUGUCACCUUGGGACCCAUUUCGAAGAUCAACCUCAAAACACCGACAAGGACGACUGUACCAAGGCGAUUUAUUGCAGCACAUGCAGGGACGUACACCGGUAGUGGGACAAACAAGCAAAGACAUGAUUGUCGAAUCUGCCUUCAGUCCCGUGGCGCGGAGAGAUAGAACUCGUAUGCAAAAGAUCACUGUUCCGCCUUCCAGUACCGAAGACUUUUCUUCUCGUACCAAUAGGAGGCGUCUGGGGGUCAAAGAAGCGUCUUACUCAAGACCGCCAGCAGCAUCCACGGUUGCAUUGGAAAUUAAUGCUCCCAGCACAUUACUAGUCAACACACCCAAUAGCGCAGUCCCUUCCAGUUCUCUCCUGCCAGGGCCAAGCAAUCGACCCUUGCCAGUUGCGGAAUCGUCCAAGAGCGGAGAUGAGACUGCUGAUUCCAGAUCUGGUGGAGGCCAAGUCAUUCAUUUCCAAUCGAGUCUCUUUGAAGACCAACCAAAUGAUACCUCCCACUUGGCAUUGCAAGCGGCCGCUCCUAUAGCAACCCUUUGCAUUGGUGAACACCGAAGUACAAGCACCAAUGUGUCCUGUCAAGCAAAUGACAGAGGCCUGAGACCAUCCCCAAAUCGAGGCUCAACCCUCAACAUCAGCUCAACGAUUUUCAAGCAUGUACCGUCCGCUGAAACCUCAUUGCAGCACCUCUGGCAAAGUGAAGAAAGCGAUGACGAUGGAGCUAUAUCACGUCUUCUUAGGGAUAGUCGACCAGGCGAAAGAAUGGCUAAUGCGAAAAAUCUUGGGAGAUUGUCAGAGGUCAGUGAAACCGACAUUGGCAUCAAAGCUGCUGGGAGCAGUUUAGCAGACUAUUCAUCAAGUGUGACGCCAACAAGCCGGAGGUGGAAAAUAGGGCCUGGAAUUGACGAUACAGGAAUAAUGGCAACUGAUGUUGACGCAGAUGCAGGCGAAACCAGGAGCGCUGCUGGGCCAAGCUUGAUAACGUUUGCGCCUCCUCACCAAGCGAGGCUGGAGAACAGCAGUAGCUAUGCAGCGCUCAACCGAGUCGAGUCUGGACAUGGAACAUUGAUUUCCAACAACAGCACUUCAGCAUCGUUGCUCCCACGCUCAAGCCACUAUCCUCGCAGGAAGGCAAAAGGUCAUGAGAUCCACGCAGGAAAUAAAUGCCCCAAAUUUCCCUUGACUGCGGAACAACUUGCAAGGGAAGCAAACGGCACAGGUCGGAUACCAUAUGAGCGGCUUGAGUUACUUAGCAAUGGUGAAUGGUUGGAACGAGGUUGGUGCUCGGUACAUCGACGUAACGAAUUCAGCUACGCCACGCUGACCGCCGCGAAACCUCAAGAUGAUCAGCAAGAGGCCUUUAAAGGACAGCAUCAGGCCGGCAGAUUUCUCCUAGGGCUGGGUGUGGCACUAUACUUCGUUGGAGGAUUCGUCUUGAUCCAUGACAUAGGUCAACAGGGGAUACUAUCUCAAACGGCCAUGAGAGAAGUAGUGCGAGAGGCAUCGGCUUUUCGGGAAAAGAGCAUGGGUGACGAUGCAGGAGGUGCGUACCCUGUGCAUCGCGUCGAAGCUGAGGUGGCGCGCAUGGUGGAGAGGGCAGGGAUGGGAGCUGCCUUGUUGGUAUUACUUGCCUGUUACGCGGUCUGCGUAUGGGCUGCUAUUGUGUCGUAG